AUGCCCGUGCACUGCCAGCAGAGCCCGGUGCUGGCGGGCAGCGCCGCGCUGGCGGCCUUGGGGGCGCUGGUGCUGUACUUGAGGGAGCCCUCCAGCUACGGGAAGUACACGGGGAGCCUGGCCGCGGCCCCCCACCUGCCCGCAGGCGCCGCCUGGUUCCUGCAGGAGCUGCCCUCCUUCGUGCUGCCGGUGGGGAUGCUCGUCAGGCAGUCCCCCGCCCUCUCUGGUCCGCCUGCGACGGUGCUCCUGGGCCUCUUUUGCGCGCAUUACUUCCACAGGACGUUUGUUUACCCCUUCCUCAUGAGAGGGAGGCCUUUUCCCGUCGCGGUGCUCUUCAAAGGCUUUGUCUUCUGUACGGGAAACGGACUCCUGCAAGGCUACUACCUGACUUACUGCGCUGAGUACCCUGCCGAGUGGUACACAGACAUACGGUUUAUCCUGGGUGUUUUCUUAUUUAUUUUGGGAAUGGGAAUCAACAUUCAUAGUGACUAUGUAUUGCGCCAGCUCAGGAAGCCUGGAGAAGUCAUCUAUCAGAUUCCACAAGGGGGCUUGUUCACGUAUGUCUCUGGAGCCAAUUUCCUUGGUGAGAUCAUCGAAUGGAUCGGCUAUGCCCUGGCCACCUGGUCCCUCCCAGCACUUGCAUUUGCAUUUUUCUCACUUUGUUUCCUUGGGCUGCGAGCUUUGCACCACCAUAGGUUCUACCUCAAGAUCUUUGAGAACUACCCCAAGUUUCGGAAAGCCCUCAUUCCAUUUAUCUUUUAA